AUGUCUGGCCAUAAUAUCCCUUAUCGUGAUCGUGGCGGGGGUGGUGGAGGAGACCGUGGCUCUCGUGGCGGACGUGGUUUCAGCGGUGAUCGUGGUUCUGGCAGUGACUACAGCAGCCGUGGUGGUCGUGGCGGUCGUGGCGGACACCAAUCUGGCCCAUCCAAGAUGACCACCACUCCGGCACCGCCUCCUGAUCUCAACUGCAUCAAUUUCGAGAAUCAGUAUGCCAAGGACACCGCAAAGGAUACCCAGAAGGCUGGUCAACUUGCUCGACGCCCCGGCUAUGGAACCGCAGGCAAAGCCAUGGUGUUCCGGGCCAACUUUUUUGAAAUGACAUUCAACCCGAAGCAGGAGUAUCACUCUUACCGCGUGGACAUUGCUGUUAAAAAGGACAUCGACAACAUGGGCGACAGAAAGAAGUUCGAUGACAAUGACCCCUCUUUCAAGCAUGCUGAAAAGCUCCCCAAGGCGCAUCGCCAAUUUUUGAUGGACGCUCUCUUGCAAGAACCACGCUUUCAGGGAAAGACUGGUACUGCCACAGAUGGAACCACUGAGAUUGUUGUGAACGCACCAUUGAAAGAUACUUCGACCUUCUAUCGCCGCAUUGGUGACAGGGCUAUCUCUGUUGACGACAAACGGCCGGUUUACAAACUCACCCUCAUCUACCAAGGUUUCCUGAAGCCGAUUGACUUUGUGAACCUAUUGCACGAUCCUAAGCAACGGGGAACGAUGGAGAACGAAACCAUGAUGCUGCGUGUCUUGAACAUUGUGAUGAGUGCGCACCCGUACAAGGACUCUGGCAUUUACAUUUCUGGUAGAGGACGUACCAAGUUCUUCCGGAUGGGCCCAGGCAAAGACUCUGAGAUAAUGGGUGGUGGUAUUGAGGCUGCUCGUGGCUACUUCUCCAGUGUUCGCAUUGGCACAGGCAGGAUUCUGUUGAACCUGAAUGUCAACCAUGGCUCUUUCUACAUGCCCGUUCCUUUGAGCACACUGAUCAAGGAUUUCAUGACUGUCUUUGGUCAGGAUCGAGACCGCCUUGGACGCUACCUCAAGGGGCUGAAAAUCUACGUCACUCAUCUUCCCAAGCGUGAGGAUGCUUUCGGUCAGCUACAGUAUGUCAUAAAGUCGAUUUCUGGUGUUGCUACUCCGCAGGAUGGAAAAUUCAAAGGCGCCGAUCCCAAGGAGGUUCCCCGUGUCAAACGUCCUGCUUCCUCGCCGGGUAACGUUGAAUUCUUCUUGAAGCAAACAGAUAGACCUUCACGGUAUAUCACAGUGCUUGAGUACUUUGAGAAAACCUACAACAUGAAGAUCAAAUUCCAUGAUAUGCCCGUUGUGAACGUCGGUAACUUGGCACAUCCCAAUUAUCUACCGCUCGAUGUCUGUGAAGUUGUUCCUGGUCAAGGGUUUAACGGAGAGCUGUCCAGUUCUCAGCGACAAGCAAUGAUCAAAUACAGUUGCCGCAGACCACCUAUGAACUACGACUCGAUCACCAACGAUGGUCUUGAUAUCAUGGGAAUCACUGGCGGCAAGACCCUGGAAAGAGGAAUCAAGGUCGCUCCUAAUAUGAUCACUGUCCCAGCUCGGAUCCUGAACACCCCCAUGUUGAAGUAUGGUACUCAAAAGACCACUCCCCGGUUUGGCUCUUGGAAUUUGGUAAACACCAAAUUCUGCAGCGGUGCCACCAUUCCAACUUGGGCUUGUGUCUGGCUUCGGAAGGGUCGAGACCCGUUCGAAAACCCCGGUGUGUGCAUGGCCAGGUUCACUAGGAAGCUCCGAGACCACGGUCUGAAGUUGCCAGAUUCUACGAUGAACUUGCAGACAUCACUUUCUACGGGUCCCAACACCGAGGUCGAGAACCGCGAGAAGAUCAAGGAUUUGUUUUCCCGUAUUUCAAAUGGGAAUGUCAAGUUUGCAGUCGUUCUCCUCCCCGAUUCAAACAGUGGCGUGUUCGACUGGAUCAAGUAUUGGGGAGAUGUCAGAACCGGCAUCCUUACCCACUGCAUGCUGGCUGCGAAACUGGGCAAGGUUGAAGACCAAUACCUUAGCAACAAUGCUAUGAAGAUCAAUCUGAAGUUCGGUGGCACUAAUCAAGUACUUGACGGAUCCCACUCCAAGUUCGUCGGACAAGGAAACACCAUGGUCGUUGGCUUGGAUGUCACUCAUCCAACUACCACAGAUCACAUGAAUUGGCCAAGUGUUGCAGGAAUUGUCGCCUCGAUUGAUGGUCGUAUGGCUCAAUGGCCUGGCGAGAUCAUGAUUCAAGGCCGCCGUGUGGAGCAUGUCGAGGUUCUCCAGACUCUGAUGGAAAGACGACUGAGAUUGUGGAAGGAAGUCAAUGGAAAGUUGCCAAUGAACAUUCUUGUCUACCGUGAUGGUGUCAGCGAAAGCCAGUACGACAUGGUUCUCAAAUAUGAACUCCCCCUGGUCAAGGAAGCGUGCAAGAGGUUUUACGACAAUACUGAGCCGAACAUCACCAUUGUUGUUUGCGGAAAACGUCACAAUGUGCGCUUCUACCCCACGACUGACAAGGAUCAAGACCGUACCCAGAAUCCCAUCAAUGGAUGCGUCGUUGAUCGUAUUGUCACUCGCCCUAUCUUCUGGGACUUCUACUUGCAGGCUCAGGCACCUCUCCAAGGCUCCGCUCGUCCAGCUCACUACAUUGUCAUCUAUGACGAGAUCUUCAAGAACCCCAAGACUAACCCUGAAGGAAAGGCUGCCGAUACGCUGCAGGAGUUGACUCACAACAUUUGUUACAUGAUGGGCCGUGCCACUCGGUCAAUCAGUUACGCCACGCCCGCAUUCCUUGCUGAUAAGAUGUGCGAUCGUGGACGCAAGUACAUGCUGGCACACUAUUUCUCUGAAACGCAACCAGCUGGGCCUGGCAGUGAUGGAAAGUUUCCACCACCCCCGGCUGAUACUGGGCAACUGCAUCGGGCAAUCCCCUCCAGAAUGGCUUACAUCUGA